GCAAUUUGAUACUACCGAACUACCGUGGAGUUGUCUGGCUCCUCCAAGAUCUGUAAGACAUACAGUUCCUGCCCCAUCAGGUUAGUACAUCAUGCGGCCCCGAAGUCCAGAACAGCGCCACGAGAUACUGUCGUGGAAUACUUCAAGUUGCAAGAUCCUUCAAUGAUGGCAGUCGUCGAGUCCUUGUCACUGUCGCACUACUCCAAGUCUUUUGCGCGCAUUACUCACCAUGGACCAGGAAAAGAAACCAGACGCCAUCGUGACGGUGCGGCCGGUACAUCUCAGGACAAUGAGUGGUGAUUCGAUGCACCCGAAAAGAUUCCGGGACGACGAGGAGGACGAGACUGCGAGCCAGGCUUCCAGUAACAUCAGUCUUGAGGAACUGGAAGCUGGAAGGAGUCGACCAAAAUGGUACCGUCGUAGUGGGCCAAGCACAUUGAAGCGCUGGUUUGGCACAGCAGAUCCGUCUAAGAGUGACAAGAGGCGAGCUUGGUGCCGAUGGCUGGUGAUCGGAUUUGUGGUUCUGGGGUUUUUCGGUGUGAUCAGUGGAAUCGGGCUGGAUCAUAUUGUUGGCAAGUGGACAGAGCCCGACGCGAACGGCGCGUUCAAGUACGAGUGGAGGGACGACUUCAGUCGGGACAUCGUACCAAAGAACUGCCACUCACACAACGACUACUGGCGCCGCGUUCCGUUGUAUGAAGCGCUUGCAGCUGGCUGCAAAAGCUUCGAGGCCGAUGUCUGGCUGACCGAGGAUAACGAGCUGCUGGUCAGCCACUCAUGGAAGUCUACCACUACGAGCCAAACACUGCGCACACUCUACCUUGAUCCGCUUGCCAAUAUAUUCGAGCAUCGCAACGUGAGCGGUGCAUCAAUCUCCGACAGGGAAAUUGGCGUGUUUGACGCGGAACCAAACACAUCCACCAUCCUCCUCAUCGACUUCAAAUCUGACGGCCACAAGAUCUGGCCCGUUCUUCAGGCGCAAUUGCAAGCCUUCCGCGACAAAAAUUGGCUCACCUACUUCGAUGGUACGACUAUGCACCAGGGCCCACUGACGGUCGUCGGUACAGGAAGCACUCCCUUCGAACUCGUGCAGCAAAACUCUACCGACCGGUACAUCUUCUACGACGCGCCACUGGGAUCGAUUUCUGAGCCCCAGUACAACAGCACCAACUCUCUCUACGCGAGCAUGAACCUGAAAGCAGCAGUCGGGGGCAUGUGGCUCGGCCGGUUUUCAUCGAAGCAGGAGAGUACAUUGAAGCAGCAGAUCCAAGCUGCGGAAGAUAAGGGGUUGAAGAGCAGGUACUGGGACACUCCAUCAUGGCCCAUCAGCGUGCGAAACAAUGUCUGGGCCAAAUUGGUAGAGUUCGGUGUUGGUAUGCUGAACGUUGAUGAUCUUGUCAGCGCAACGCGAUGGGACUGGGACUUUUGUGUUGUCGCAGGCAUUGCACUAUGUGGGAAGAAGUGA